UGUGAGUGCGGGGUGAAAAGGAGCAGCGCGAUGCUGGUUGUCUCCCGCGGUCCUGAUGAGGACUUAGAUGCCUUGCAGUAGCUGCCCGGCUCAGUGGCCUUAAGGAUGUACGGUGAUGGAGAGGGCACAGUGUGGGACCGGGUCGCUCGGCCGCACCGGGACUGCAUGUGCUACCUCGGACCUCCUACUUCUCUGAUGCCCAUCGGGAUGCGCAAGUCCCCCGAUGUGAGCCCAAGAAGGCUUUCGGACAUCAGCCCUCAGCUCAGACAGCUCAAGUACCUGGUAGUGGACGAAGCCAUCAAGGAGGACCUCAAGUCCUCGCGCUCCGUGGAGGACAUCAACAGCGCGUCCAUAGAAGAGCGAAUACUGCGAAUCACCGGCUAUUAUGGAUAUCAGCCCUGGAGUGCCAGCUACAAGAGCGAAGACCGCCCCAGGGAGAACGUGGUGGGCGCCACAGACCCACAGGCGGCCCCCGGCGCGGCCGGAGCGGAGUCCGCCUCCAGCAAGCGGAAGCUCCACUGCUGCAUCAGAGUGACCACCGUACAGGUGCGGAAGGCCCUGUGGGGGGUCGUCAUGGUGAUAUGCGUGUGCUCCUCGUGGGCCGGGUCCACCCAGCUGGCCAAGCUGACCUUUAAGCAGUUCGACGCCCCCUUCACACUCACCUGGUUCGCCACCUCCUGGAACUGCCUCUUCUUCCCCCUCUACUACAUCGGCCACAUGUGCAAGAGUCCAGAGAGGCAGACGCCCAGACAGAGGUUCAGGGAGUGCUGCAGGUUUUUCGGGGACGACGGGCUCACACCCAAGGUGUUUUUCACCAAGAUGGCUCCGUUCGGCCUGCUGUGGAUCCUCACCAACUACCUGUACCUGCAGGCCCUCAGGAAGAUCAACACAACAGACGUGUCGGCGCUCUUCUGUUGCAACAAGGCCUUCGUCUUCCUGCUGUCCUGGAUCGUACUCAGAGACCGCUUCAUGGGGGUCAGGAUAGUAGCGGCUAUCUUGGCCAUAGCAGGAAUCGUAAUGAUGACCUAUGCCGAUGGGUUCCACAGCCAUUCGGUCAUCGGCAUCACUUUGGUCGUGGCCUCUGCUUCGAUGUCAGCGCUCUACAAGGUGCUCUUCAAGAUGGUCCUGGGCAGUGCCAAAUUUGGAGAGGCUGCACUCUUUCUGAGCAUUGUCGGAAGCGCCAACUUUGUCUUCAUCAGCUUCGUGCCGGUCAUCCUGUAUUUCACACACGUGGAGUACACCAGCUCGCUUGCAGACGUCCCCUGGGCCUACCUCUGUGGGGUUGCAGGCCUGCAGUUCGCUUUCAACGUCCUGGUGAACUUUGGCAUCGCGAUGACGUACCCAAAAUUAAUCUCCCUUGGUAUCGUCCUAAGUGUUCCAGUAAAUGCUAUGGUGGACCUCUACACAUGUGAAAUUAACUUCAACACAGUGCGCCUCAUUGCUGUGUUCAUCAUUUGCCUGGGUUUCCUCAUGCUGCUGUUACCUGAGGACUGGGACCAGUGCAUCAUCCAGCUCAGCACCAAGCUGCGCAAGCGGGACGAGCCAGCAGAGGGCAGCGUGGAGGCAGGCGCCACUACGGGGCUCAACUGGAGGGGAAGAGCCAGGACCUCCAUGUCAACAUUUGCACAUUGAAUCCAUGAAAUUGUACCAUGCACACACCUACUGACACACAGACAAAGGGAGGGAGACACAAAAACCACCUCUCAUUGGAGGUGUGAAAGGUGUGCUGACCUGCCCUCCAUCCACGCGGCGCUCCCAAUGGAAACAAGUAUCUCGGACUGAUCCCUGAUCAGUAAAGUUUCGGUCAAAAGAGAUGCAUAACAUUCAUUUUGUGUCCACUCCACACAGUGGUUAUCAGAGUUGAUGCAUGGACAUGGACAAUAUUAAUAAGUGUUACCCGUCUUUCUCAAAAGAUGAUUGAGUCAUGUAUUCCAUUUUGUUCUUAAUCAUUCCAUGGAUUUCCUACGUCCUUGCACCUGGGAAGACUUGCCAACUUGCCUGAUAUGUUUCAAUUCUAUUUUUUGGAGGCAGGCCUACGUAACUCCACGUGGACUUAACAUGUAAACAUGUACGGUACACACCUUUAUGAUCCCAAAGAAGAAUGCCUAACAUGCUAAAUGCCUGAAAACAAAAAGGGGGCCGAGGAAGCUUCGUUCAACCAGCCUUCCGUGCGCUGUACAUAGCUGUGUAUCACACUGUGGACGUCCUGUGGACCCAGUGGGCUCAGUGGGUGUGAAGGGACUUGUCUGAAAUGCGGAGGAUCAAUCUAAGGUGAAAAAGCUUUCGCAACCCUUCUCCGUCAACUCCAUCCAGAGACGCCACGUCCUUUUUGGCCACACUGAUUGGCCACCUGCGGUUAUGUGCUUUUCCCCCGGGCUGAACUCCCGCUCCGUCGAUGCGGUCACCCAUUGGUCAGGCUCACAGUUAAGUCACGAGAGAUCUAAAACCAGUAUGUCAAUGGUGGAUGAGAUUUGCAGUCUAUCCAGAAAGCACCGGCCUCGCAUUUCCUGUUGCUGAGACACCGGCAACAGUUUAUUAACCUGUCUCAUCAUUAAAAUAUCAUUAAAUGUGUUAACUGUCUGCGAGUUGUCAAAACUAUUAACUGGCCCGUACUCGCAACGAUUGCGUCGCGUAAACAAAUCUUUGGAUGGAACGAAAGCUUAUGAAAGCUUAUUAUUUUUAAGGCCAACACAAAAAACGCGGAACUACCCCUUUAAUAACUAUGAGGAUCACUCAUAGCUAUGACUGAGCCUCCCUCUGAAUUCCUCUCCUGUUGAACCUUCUCGCCGCAUACGCACACAAAAUCAAUCUGCCACAAUUUCACUUACAGUGUUUUCCCCCCCGCUGAAAAUAACAGACCGAUGACUCGGUGCGGAUGGAGAAGAGGUGCAGCAACACAUGAGCUUCACUCUCUGUAGUCCAAAAAACUGUCUCACCGUAUUGGUUUCCAUGAAGCACCUUUCUGAGGCGAGAGAACACCCAAGAGGAACCUGGGAUGGACGGAGGCACACGCCUUGCAAAGCUUCUAGUGGUAUCUCUGCCUUGUUGUGAAUGUAUGAGCAUCACUGGACCACACGCGCUCGCUACGUGCCAUCGGUUGUUUGUUUUUACAGUGCCACCACCCUUUUAUAUAUUUGUUUUGCAUUUGGUCAUUGACCCUCGAGAGAACAGCGGGAGACAUCUGCAUGAUGCCCGUACUGUGUGAGCAGAUGCAGCUGAAGUCCACUUCACUGCCUUUUCUUGGUUUCGCAAUAGAAAACAUUAGCACUGUUUCCCAUUGUCAUGAUCUAUGACAAUAAAUUAUAAUAUUGUAUUCCUCUGGAAUUAUUGCUGGACAUAAAUGUAAACCUUUGUAAGGAAUGUUUUUUACACUGAGAUGCAACAUAUGAUUACUAAUUUGAGGAGGAGAUAUUUAGAGUGGGAAUAACGUGAUGGCUUUAUUAGAAUCAACUGUUGGGUGUCUUCAAGUGUAAUCACAUGUACUAUAUAAAAUAUUUCUUUUCAAUA